GAUAUUUUCUGGGAAAAUUUUCCGAUUCAUGAGAGAAAAAAAUCGACAAAAACCCUGAUUUGUCUCUAAUGGCGGAAGCAGCAAUUCCUUCAUCUUCUUUAUCACCCAAGUCUCUCCAAUCCCCCAAUCCAAUGGAACCUUCCCCCGCAUCCUCCGCACUUCCACCCUCCUCAUCUCAACAACACAUGACACCUCCACCGAUCUCGAAUUCGGCAGCGUCUCCGGCGGCAACGACCACCACCGAAGGAGGCGUAGCGAUCCAGAACAACAACAUCACCAAUCCGCAACCGAACUCAGCCGCCGGAGCUCAGAUCCCGUCGCCUUCUCCGUUGGAUCAGCAAACACAACAACAACAACAACUCGGUGGUGGUGGUCAGACUCAGCAGAUUAUGCAGCAAAUCUCUUCCUCUCCGAUUCCUCAGCUCUCCCAGCAGCAACAGCAGCAGAUUCUCCAGCAACAGCAACACAUGAGUCAGCAGCAGAUUCCGAUGUCGAAUUACCAUAUAGCUCAGUCUCUCCAGCGAUCCCCUUCCGUCUCUCGCCUCAACCAAAUCCAGCAGCAGCAGCAACAGCAGCAGCAAGGUCAGUACGGCAACGUUUUGAGGCAGCAAGCUGCUGCUGGGAUGUACGGGACGAUGAACUUCGGUGGUGGCGCGGGUUCGGUUCAACAGCAGAGUCAGCAGAUUGGUGGUAACCCUAAUUUGUCGAGGGCGGCUUUGGUUGGCCAGAGUGGUCACUUGCCUAUGCUUAACGGCGCUGCUGGAGCUGCAGCUGCUCAGAUGAAUAUUCAGUCCCAAUUAUUGGCUGCUUCGCCGAGGCAGAAACCUGGGAUGGUUCAAAGUGGGCAAUUUCAUCCAGGAAGUUCUGGACAACAGUUACCGGGUAUGCAAGCGAUGGGAGUGAUGGGGACACUUAAUCUGAGCUCCCAAAUGAGAGGUAACCCUGCUCUCUAUGCUCAGCAGCAGCGAAUCAACCCUGCUCAGUUGCGACAGCAAACCGCUCUCACUUCCCCUCAGGUCCAGAACCUGCAGAGAACACCUUCUUCCCUCGCUUUCAUGAAUUCUCAGCUACCGGGUUUGGUCCAAAAUGGACAAGCUGGCAUGCUACAAAGCUCCUUGGCGCAGCAGCAGCAAUGGCUGAAGCAAAUGUCGGGAAUAACCAGUCCCAAUUCACAAUCAUUCCGGCUCCAACCGAGUCAAAGACAGCAGGCUCUACUGUUACAGCAGCAAAUGCCUUCUGCUCAGUUACACCAAAAUCCUAUGUCCAUGAAUCAGCAGCAGCAAAUGUCACAGAUGAUGCAUCAGCAGCAACAAUCACAAAUGGGCCAGGCUCAGAUGAACCAAUCCCAUCAACAGCAGCAACAACUACAGCAGAUGCAGCAAAACCAACAGCAGAUGCAGCAGCAGCAGCAGAUGCCAAUAAAUCAACAACAGCCAUCUCCAAGGAUGAUGAGUCAUGCAGGUCAGAAGUCUGUUAGUUUAACAGGCUCACAACCAGAUGCGACACAGUCCGGUACAACAACACCAGGUGGUAGUUCCAGCCAAGGAACAGAAGCAACUAAUCAACUUCUUGGCAAAAGAAAGAUACAGGAUCUCGUCUCGCAGGUGGAUGCGCAUGCUAAAUUGGAUCCUGAUGUUGAAGACCUCCUUUUGGAGUUAGCGGAUGACUUCAUUGAUUCGGUGACUUCAUUUGCUUGUAGCUUGGCUAAGCAUCGUAAAUCAUCCAUACUGGAACCAAAGGAUAUAUUACUCCACCUAGAGAAAAACUUACACUUGACAGUUCCUGGAUUCUCAAGUGAGGAUAAACACCAAACAAAAAACGCACCAACUGAUCUCCACAAGAAGCGAGUUGCAAUGGUGCGUGCUUUGAUGGAAUCCUCAAAACCGGAGACGAAUGCGAGCAAUUCUAAGGAAACUAAUAGACAAGUGAUGGUUAACCCAAAUGGUCAAAACCAUCUCUUAAGACCAUCACCAAGUUCAGAGCAAUUGGUUUCGCAGACAUCCGGUCCUCACAUGUUACAACAUAUGACACGCUACUGAAGGACUUCAAUACACAAGUCUAUGCUACGUUCAUCUUCUUGGUUUCAGGAGUUUACACUUCUAUCUAUACCAGAUAUUAAAGAGAGUGAAGGCACAAGGAGUCAAGUUAAACUGUAUGUAUAUUAUAUAUAUGAGUCUUCUAGGCAAACAAAUAAAACAGUUAUUUCUUCCCAUAGUUUGAUCUAUUUAAUAGUCACAUACAGUACAUUGUAAUUGAUAAUGAUUUGCAUUGAAGUUUUUGGGAUUUAUCAUGA